AAAAAUGGAUGGGUUGUAUCACCGUCCACGUCUAAGACCGAAUGGCUUGGCAUCGCCAAGCUCAUUCUUGCCAACUGGAUGUUCGCCCCAUGAGUCUUGCCUGCUCAAGCCUUUGGGGGAAACCGACGGGGUCGAGAUUAUAAGGCCGAAAGAUUGGAAAAUUGAACUAAGUUGCAGUCCCAAGAAUGAGUUGGUUGGCCCGGACUGGCAAGAGGUGUCGUCAAAAACGGAGUGGAGCCUAGUGCCGGCAAGCCACAAUUGCCACGGCCAACUAGCCCCAAAUUGCCCCGCCCUGUGGCUCAAGCGCCAGCACAUGAGUGGUCGGAACCGGCACCAACUCAUUCCGCAAAAUUUCCACGAGCCCUGCCAAUUACCAACGCACACAAAAUUUGGUCUCGAUAUCGGUGCAUGGUAGCGACUUCGAAUCUUUGACGGCCCCGGACACAGCAUCAAAGACAGUCGACCAAAAUGGCGGAACUCAACAUCGGAGCGACAGCGUGGCGCCGCGUAGAGGUUGGCCGUGUUCUCAAGCUUGAGAGCGGCAGCCUCGCUGCUAUCGUCGAGAUCAUCGACCACAAGCGCGCUUUGGUCGACGGCCCCUCCUCCAACGAGAAGCUCGUCACCCCCCGCGGCGAGGUCUCUUUCGCCAACACCCUCCUGACCCCCAUCGUCAUCGAUAAGCUCCCCCGCGGUGCCCGGACAGCUACCGUCAAGAAGGCCUGGGAGGCUGCCGGCAUUGACGCCAAGUGGGCUGCCACCAACUGGGCCAAGAAGCAGGAGAAGCAGGAGAAGCGCCAGGCCCUUACCGACUUUGACCGCUUCAAAGUUAUGCGGUUGAAGAAGCAGAGAAGGUUCGAGGAGCGCAAGGCUCUCGCCAAGAUCAAGUCCUCGGCUUAA